AUGCAGAUAGUUUCUCGGCAAGUUAUAGCACUGGAGGACAGUCUGUUGAAUACAGUGCUCAAGGAAGUACGGUUCGUCGCUUCUGGCGAUGCUAUAGUUGAACUGUUGGAAGGUACGGGCGAAAUCUUUGGCUCUGAACUUGUUCAGCAUAAGCGCUACACAUUUCCCACCGGUUCCCGUGUAGCCAUAUUUACCUGGCAUGGAUGUUCAAUUGAACUGGUAGGCGAGACAGACGGUGCUUAUAUCGCAAAGCAGACGCCGAUGGUUAUCUAUCUCAAUACUCAUGCCGCCCUGGAAAUGAUGAGACAGCACGCUGAAGAGUACGGCAACCGAGGACCAAGAUUAAUGAUUGUUGGUCCGACGGACGUGGGUAAAAGUACGUACUGCCGCAUUUUACUAAAUUACGCGGGUCAAAUAUCCGUGCCAGGAACUGUCGGAGCACUGUUCAUCGAGCGACCUGCUGACGCGGCCGAAGGAUUCGAAAAAAGAAUGCCGUUGGUUUACAGUUUCGGCCAUUUGUCGCCCGGCGAGAACAUGCCUUUGUACAACAUGCUGGUCACAAAAAUGGCCGAAGUGAUCAACGCACGUUGCGCGAACAGUAAGGCAGCCAACGCAAGCGGGAUCAUCAUCAACACAUGUGGAUGGAUCAAGGGCGAUGGUUAUGCAUGCAUAGUCAACGCAGCCGAUGCAUUUGAGGCAAGCCAUCGCAAUUUUCAUAAUCAUUGUUGUGUGCUUGUUGUGCUCAUCGCUUUGAGUCGUUUAUAUAAGCAGAGCGUCUGUUGCUUCUGGCGCUCGAUACAUCCUCGGCUUUUUAAGACUUACAGUAAGACACAGGUCACUGCAUCGACCAAUUUGCUGUUUUUAGCUUAUUCGUGUACCGUGGACACGUGUUUGGAAAAGAAUAGUCAUUCGUUACGGUGCCCUGCCAGUUAA